UUCAGUUGUUGUUUAACGUUCUAGCAGCAGGUUCAAAUCGGUUUGAGCCCAAAAAGGAUAUAGCUUUGUAGUAUAGUAGAACCAACGAAAUGCAUUACGUUAUUGGAUUGCUGUGCCUGCUGGCUUUUGGUGCCAAUGCAGCUCCUGCGGGCACUGAUUACUUUAAAGAUUUGCCAAAGUGCUCUACCGAAGAGGACCAACUGGGAGAGUGUGUCAAGGAGAUAUUUAAUACACUGACUCCCCGCUUAAAGGACGGAAAUCCCGAAUUGAGAAUUGAACCCUAUGAACCUCUGCGUCUCAAUAGAACUAGUUUCCAGUACACCAGUGGUACGGUCAACGGUCGGAUUACAAUUCGUAAUGCCAAAAUCUACGGAUUCGCCUCAAACCGGGCUAAAGAAGUAUCGGUCAAGUUAACUGGCGACAAGGUGAAGCUGCGCCUGGUCACCAAAAUGCCCAAAUUGAACAUUGUGGGCAGCUAUAAGGCCGACAUGCAAGUGAAUCAGCUGAAUUUAAAACCCAAGGGGGAUUUCAACGUAACGCUUUUUGAUGUGGAGGCAACCACAGUAACUGAUGGCGAAAUCUACGAAAAGGAUGGUCACCGGUAUUUCCGAUUGAAGAACAUCGAUUCGAAGCCAAAGAUUAGAGAUUUGGACAUCAAGGCCAAUGGAAUAUUCGCAGAUCCUGAAUUGGAUAAAGUGGCUCUGAACGUUGCCAAUCAGUAUUGGCGCGAUAUCUACGGAAUAAUGCUGCCCGAGACCCGUCAGUUUUGGCAACCCCUUAUGCUGCGAAUGUUCAACGAGGCUCUCGAACUGGUUCCCAUCGACCAGUUUCUCAAGGAGCAGCCCAAUUAGCUGCUGAAUUCAAAAUGUGAUGAUUUUUUUAAUGGAAAGUAAAUCGUUUUCAUUAUCCGUUAUUAACUGGCAAUAAAUUUUAUUUUAUAAAAUAUA